AUGGCUGUUCGUGCUCAAUUUGAAAAUAGUAAUGAGAUUGGAGUUUUCUCUCGUUUGACCAAUUCUUAUUGUUUGGUCGCGAUCGGAGGUUCCGAAAACUUUUAUAGCGUAUUCGAAGGUGAAUUGGGUGACGUGAUUCCCGUAAUUCAUGCUUCGAUUGCUGGUACUCGGAUUGUUGGACGGUUAACAGUCGGUAACCGUAAAGGAUUAUUGGUACCAAACACCACGACCGAUCAAGAACUCCAACAUUUACGCAACUCUUUGCCAGAACCCGUGCAAAUUCAACGUAUUGAAGAACGACUUUCUGCAUUGGGUAAUGUAAUUGCAUGUAAUGAUUAUGUUGCCUUAGUGCAUCCCGAUAUUGAUCGAGAAACUCAAGAGAUUAUUCGUGAUGUGUUGGGAGUUGAAGUUUUUACCCAAACUAUCGCCGGAAAUGUUCUCGUGGGAAGUUAUUGCGCAAUAAAUAAUCAAGGUGGAUUGGUUCAUCCGCGUACAUCGGUUCAAGAUCAGGAUGAAUUAUCUUCAUUAUUACAAGUUCCCCUCGUGGCAGGAACGAUAAAUCGUGGAUCGGAUGUGAUUGGAGCAGGUAUUGUGGUAAACGACUGGUGUGCAUUUGCUGGAUUGGAUAGUACUUCAACAGAGAUAUCAGUGGUAGAAAGCAUUUUCAAGUUACAUGAUGCACAACCUACUGCUAUAGUCAAAGAAAUGAGAGAUUCGCUGGUGGAUACUUAUAGUUAG